AGAGAUUGAGUGGCGCUCAGAGAGAGGAAGCGCGUCCCGAGCCAAGCACCACAAACCGCACAAGGACUCGGGUCUGUCCACAUCGGUAGCGUUUCGUCUUUUAACGCAAAGCCUCUGUUAAAAUCCGGCUGCUUCUAGAAAUUUCUUCCAAAGCCCAUUCCGUUCCCGGAAACGGUGUGGAUGGUGUCGCGCUGCCUGUAAGAGACAGGUGCGGAUGAUGAUGAUGAUGGCGAGUGAGACGGCGCUGUGCGCUCCGGGCCGCGGACAGCAGCAGCAUCAGCAGCAGCGCGGGGCCGCGGGCUCCGUCACGGGCGAGGCGGCUGCGUCGGGGUCUGCGUCGGGGUCUGCUGCGGGGUCUGCGUGCUCCGGUUCCGUGCUGCUGGCGUCCGGCGUGCUUAACCCCGCCGUGCCCAUCCGCAACAUCAGGACGAAGUUCGCCGUGCUCGCGGGUCUCAUCCGAGCCGGGGAGGUGAGCGACAGAGACAUCGCGGAGACCGUGCUCAAUCUGUUGGUAGGAGGUGAGUUUGACCUGGAGAUGAACUUCAUCAUCCAGGACGCAGAAAGCAUCGUGUGUAUGGUGGAGCUUCUGGAGCACUGUCAGGUGACGUGUCAAGCCGAGAUCUGGAGCAUGUUCACGGCCAUCCUGCGCAAGAGCAUGCGCAACCUACAGACCUGCACCGAGGUGGGACUGAUCCAGCUCGUGCUGCUCAGAAUGAGCUCCGUCGAUGACAUGAUCGCAGAUCUGUUGGUGGACAUGCUGGGAGUUCUGGCCAGCUACAGUAUCACUGUGAAGGAGCUGAAGCUGCUCUUCAGUAUGCUCAGAGGAGAGGGAGGAUUGUGGCCGAGACACGCAGUGAAGCUGCUUACUGUCCUGAAUCAGAUGCCACAGAGACACGGACCGGACGCUUUCUUCAACUUUCCGGGUCGUAGUGCUGCUGCGAUUGCUUUACCUCCCAUCGCCAAGUGGCCUUACCAGAACGGCUUCAGUCUCAACACGUGGUUCCGCAUGGAUCCCCUUAACAACAUCAACGUGGACAAGGACAAGCCCUACCUUUACUGCUUUCGGACAUGUAAAGGUGUUGGUUAUUCAGCUCAUUUUGUGGGUAACUGCUUGAUCGUGACAUCACUCAAAUCCAAAGGAAAAGGCUUCCAGCACUGCGUGAAGUACGACUUCCAGCCGAGGAAGUGGUACAUGAUCAGCAUCGUGCACAUUUACAACCGCUGGAGGAACAGUGAAAUCCGCUGCUACGUCAACGGGCAGCUGGUCUCAUACGGAGAUAUGGCCUGGCACGUCAACACUAAUGAUAGCUAUGACAAAUGUUUCCUGGGCUCGUCCGAGACAGCAGACGCUAACCGGGUGUUCUGCGGACAGCUUGGUGCCAUCUACGUGUUCAGCGAAGCUCUCAACCCAGCGCAGAUCUUCGCCAUCCAUCAGUUAGGGCCGAGCUAUAAGAGCACGUUUAAGUUUAAGUCGGAGAGCGAUAUCCAUCUGGCUGAGCAUCAUAAGCAGGUGUUGUAUGAUGGGAAGUUGGCUAGCAGCAUCUGCUUCACCUACAACGCUAAAGCCACGGAUGCUCAACUUUGUCUGGAGUCUUCUCCCAGAGAGAACGCCUCGAUCUUUGUCCACUCGCCACACGCCCUCAUGCUGCAGGACGUUAAGGCUAUCGUCACACACUCGAUACACAGUGCCAUCCACUCCAUCGGGGGCAUCCAGGUUCUCUUCCCUCUCUUCUCUCAGCUCGACUUCCAUCAGCACAGCGAGAGUCAGGUGGAGACCGCUGUUUGUGCCAGUCUUCUGGGCUUCCUGGUGGAGUUGCUGAAGAGCUCUGUAGCCAUGCAGGAGCAGAUGCUGGGAGGAAAAGGCUUCCUGGUGAUCGGAUAUCUACUGGAAAAGUCGUCGCGAGUGCACAUCACCCGGGCCGUGCUGGAGCAGUUCCUCGGCUUCGCCAAGUACCUGGACGGCCUGAGCCACGGCGCGCCGCUUCUCAAGCAGCUCUGUGACCACAUCCUGUUCAACCCGGCUAUCUGGAUCCACACUCCCGCUAAGGUGCAGCUGUCGCUCUACACGUACCUGUCGGCUGAAUUUAUCGGCACUGCGACGAUCUACAACACCAUCAGACGCGUGGGAACCGUUCUGCAGCUCAUGCACACUCUGAAGUACUACUACUGGGCUGUUAACCCUGCACCCUGCAGCUCCAUCACUCCCAGAGGCCUGGAUGGACCACGUCCUUCUCAAAAGGAGAUCAUCUCACUGAGGGCCUUCAUGCUACUCUUCCUCAAGCAGCUCAUCCUGAAGGAUCGUGGAGUGAAGGAGGAUGAACUACAGAGCAUACAGAACUAUUUGCUGACUAUGAAUGAGGACGAGAACCUCCACGACGUUCUGCAGCUGCUCGUGGCUCUGAUGUCAGAACAUCCCACCUCAAUGAUCCCAGCCUUCGACCAGAGGAACGGCAUCCGAGUGGUCUACAAACUGCUGGCAUCGAAGAGCGAGAGCAUUCGAGUGCAGGCACUGAAGGUGUUGGGAUAUUUCCUCAAGCACCUCGGGCACAAGAGAAAGGUGGAAAUCAUGCACACACACAGUCUUUUUACACUUCUGGGAGAAAGACUCAUGCUGCACACAAGCACCGUGUCAGUUACAACCUACAACACGCUUUAUGAGAUCCUGACGGAGCAGGUGUGUACGCAGGUUGUUCACAAACCGCAUCCCGAACCCGACUCUAGCGUGAAGAUCCAGAACCCGAUGAUCCUGAAGGUGGUGGCCACGCUGCUGAAGAACUCGACACCCAGCGCCGAGCUGAUGGAGGUGCGCCGCCUCUUCCUCUCCGACAUGAUCAAACUGUUCAGCAACAGCCGAGAGAACAGACGAUGUCUGCUCCAGUGCUCGGUGUGGCAAGACUGGAUGUUCUCACUAGGCUACAUAAACCCAAAGAACUCCGAAGAGCAGAAGAUAACCGAGAUGGUCUACAACAUUUUCCGUAUCCUGCUCUACCAUGCCAUCAAGCACGAAUGGGGUGGAUGGCGUGUAUGGGUGGACACUCUGUCUAUAGCCCACUCCAAAGUAACAUAUGAAGCCCAUAAGGAGUACUUAGCCAAGAUGUAUGAGGAAUAUCAGCGGCAAGAAGAGGAGAAUAUCAAAAAAGGGAAGAAAGGUCUAGUCAGUACUAUUUCUGGCCUCUCUGCCCAAGCCUCUGCCAUCAAGGGUACCCUAGAGCUUGAUGACCAUUCUCAAACACAGACCCCUGAGAGCGAGGUGGACGACUCUGAGACCACAGACCCCACACGCAGCCUUCUCUCUGAAUCCAAAGGAACCAACUUGGAGAACACAGUGUCAGGUGUGCAGGUUGAAGUUCAUGAGCUGCUUGUGGAUAUCAAGGCUGAAAAAGUGGAGGCUACGGAGGUGAAGCUGGAUGACAUGGAAACCCUGGGAGUCACAGAUAGCGGGAACCUGGUAGAGGUCGAUUCCCUCCUGGACAACGUGUACUCAGCUGCUGUAGAGAAGCUGAAUAAUAAUGUGAACAAUGUCUUGGUUUCCAAAUCUGACUUAGAUGACAAGAAUUCAGGACCUCUGAUCAGUCUAGCCGAGGAUAAAGACGCUGUGCCCAGCGGUAGCACUUUUCUCUUUGCUGCAGUAGGCACUGGCCCAUCUGAGAACCUUCUGCCCAAAAUUGCACCAUCUGAACCCUUGCCUCUCGCAAGCGGGCACCAUCAAGUCCGCACCAGCACCAGUGACUUGGGUUUGUUGGCGCACAUGACCAGUGGAUCAGAAGUAAGCUCCAGCACAGCAGCUCUUGAGGACUGCUUUAAACUCCAGGCUGAAUUGGGGACUUUCGGUUCCUCAUGUCAGGGAGAAAGUGCAGCCAAGAAUCAUGAGCAGGCUGGGACAAUAGUUCCAGAGGUAGAAGCUUCUGGAGGUAAGAGUUCUGGAGAUGCCACCAGUGCCACCUCAGACACAGAGAGGUCUGAUGACAGCAAGGAGAAGGAGAUCAAGAAGAUCCAGACCACUGCUACCACACAGGAUGUCCAUGGUAGAGCGGGUGGACUGUUGGACAGAGACGUGAGGGUGGACCUGGGCUUCAGAGUCAUGCCUAUGAGCGAGGAGCAGCGGCGUCAGUUCAGCCCGGGUCCUCGCACCACCAUGUUCCGCAUCCCAGAGUUCAAAUGGUCACCGAUGCACCAGCGCUUACUCACUGACCUGCUCUUCGCUCUCGAGGCAGACCUGCACGUAUGGAGGAGCCACUCAACCAAGUCAGUCAUGGACUUUGUGAACAGCAAUGAGAACAUCAUAUUUGUACACAACACUAUUCACCUCAUCUCACAGAUGGUGGACAACAUCAUCAUCGCCUGUGGUGGGAUCCUCCCUCUGCUCUCGGCCGCCACCUCGCCGUCUAACGCUAAGGUGGAGUUGGAAGGGAUCGAGGCCACACAGGGGAUGUCCUCGGAGACAGCCGUGACCUUCCUGACGCGUCUCAUGUCCAUGGUGGACGUGUUGGUGUUCGGAAGCUCGCUCAACUUCAGCGAGAUCGAGGCAGAGAAGAACAUGUCCUCCGGAGGACUGAUGCGCCAGUGUCUCCGACUCGUGUGCUGUGUGGCUGUGAGGAGUUGUUUAGAGUGCAGACAGCGUCACAGUUACAGGGGAAUGAAGUCCUGUAUGUCCAGUGUAAAAACUCAGGAGAGCAUGCAGAGCUCCAGCAAGACUUCUAUAGAAAAUUUCCCCAGCAACGUUUCUCCUAUUAAGGACCCAGAUCGUCUCCUGCAGGACGUGGACAUCAACCGUCUGCGUGCCGUGGUCUUCCGAGACGUGGAUGAUGGGAAACAGGCGCAGUUCCUGGCCCUGGCUGUGGUCUACUUCAUCUCUGUGUUGAUGGUGUCCAAGUAUCGAGACAUCUUGGAGCCACAGCGUGAGACCAUCAGAGUCGUCAGUCAUUUAGGGAGGAGCAUAAGGCAGGAAAUCAACUCUCCAACAAGCACAGAAAACCCGCUGACGUUCCCAGACAGCAGUAAAGAUCCCACCUUGGUGUCUGAGGCACAUGCUGAAGUGUCUCUGCCUCAUUCUGACUCUGGUCUCGGGGACGAGCCUGCGUCCUGCGUGUUCAACGGAGCCGAAAUGGAACCCGGCUCCAGAGGACCAGAUGGACUGCGCGGGAUCCUCUGCACCCUCUCGCCCGAGGUUAAAGCCCAGGAAAGCCUGACUGAGUCGGAUCUCCUGAAACCUGCUUCCUCCAUCUCCAGCAUCAGCCAAUCCAACAAGGGCAUCAACGUCAAGGAGAUCCUCAAGAGUCUUGUAGCGGCUCCUCUGGAUGGCGGUGAGAGCGGCCCGGAACCGGCGGCAUAUCCUGAAAACCAGGUGUUAAAGAGGGAGACGCAGGCCAUGAUGCCCAUGCAGUUCCACUCGUUCGACAGGAGUGUGGUGGUCCCGGCUAAGAAGCCUCCAGCCGGAAGCAUGGCGGUCAACACUGUGGUCACCUCCGGUUCCUCCAUGGCGAGCUCGGGAAGCACUCCCAACAUCUUCACAGCGGCUUCUGCUACACCUAAAAGCAUGAUCAACACAACGGGAGCUACAGAGCCCACCGCUUCCUCCUGCUCGUCUUCAUCCAGCUACGUGAACGGAGCCACCAGUAAGAACCUUCCCGCGGUGCAGACGGUCGGACCCAUGCCCGAGGAUACCAUGGAGAACAUGAGUAUCACUGCGAAGCUGGAGCGAGCCCUGGAGAAGGUUGCCCCCUUGCUGAGGGAGAUCUUUGUGGACUUUGCGCCCUUCCUGAGUCGCACUCUCCUGGGCAGUCAUGGUCAAGAGCUUCUUAUAGAAGGUCUGGUGUGUAUGAAGUCCAGUACCUCGGUGGUGGAGCUGGUCAUGCUGCUUUGCUCUCAGGAAUGGCAGAACUCCAUACAGAAGAACGCCGGCUUGGCGUUUAUUGAGCUAAUCAACGAAGGAAGACUUUUGUGUCACGCUAUGAAGGACCACAUUGUGCGAGUGGCCAACGAGGCCGAGUUCAUCCUGAACCGCCAGCGAGCCGAGGACGUCCACAAGCACGCCGAAUUCGAGUCGAACUGCGCCCAGUAUGCCGUAGACAGGAGAGAGGAGGAGAAGAUGUGUGAUCACCUCAUCAGUGCUGCUAAACACCGCGACCGUGUCACAGCCAAUCAGCUGAAACAGAAGAUCAUCAACAUCCUUACUAACAAACACGGAGCCUGGGGGGCGCUGACACACAGUCAACUGCAUGACUUUUGGCGUCUUGACUACUGGGAGGAUGACCUCAGGAGGAGGCGGAGAUUCGUCAGGAACCCUUUUGGCUCCACCCACUUGGACAUCUCGUGCAAGUCUCUGGAAGACUAUGGCCAUGAGGAAGAGGAUGUGCUGAAGGGGAGGAAGAGUUUCCGUGGGCACACGGUGGCGAAUCAGAGCCCGGAGGCGGAGCUGAUGUUGGAGGGCGAGGAUGACGCCAUCAGCCUGCUGCAGGACAAAGAUAUGGACAACCUGGCAGGCCCUGUGCUCAUGAGCACCCCCGCCCAACUGGUAGCCCCCGUACUGGUGGCCCGCGGGACGCUUUCCAUCACUACAAGCGAAAUCUAUUUCGAGGUGGAUGAAGAGGACCAGGCCUUCAAACGCACCGAUCCGAGAGUGUUGGUGUACUCUGAAGGGCUGCAUGGAAAAUGGAUGUUCAGCGAGAUCCGAGCUGUGUUCGCCCGCCGCUACCUGCUGCAGAACACCGCGCUGGAAGUCUUUAUGGCCAACAGAACCUCUGUGAUGUUUAACUUUCCUGACCAGCCCACGGUGAAGAAAGUGGUCUAUAGUUUACCCCGUGUAGGUGUUGGCACAAGCUAUGGCCUUCCACAAGCCAGGCGGAUUUCCCUGGCCACGCCACGGCAGCUCUUCAAGUCCUCCAAUAUGACACAGCGCUGGCAGAGACGCGAAAUCUCCAACUUCGAGUACCUUAUGUUCCUAAAUACUAUAGCAGGAAGGACAUAUAACGACCUGAACCAGUAUCCCGUCUUCCCUUGGGUUCUCACCAACUACGAGUCGGAGGAGCUGGACCUCACACUGCCUGGCAACUUCCGAGAUCUGUCGAAGCCAAUCGGAGCUCUGAACCCAAAACGUGCCGUGUUUUUUGCCGAGCGCUAUGAAGCGUGGGAUGACGAGGCUCCACCCUGCCACUACUCCACCCACUACUCAUCUGCAACCUCCACUCUCCACUGGCUCAUCCGAAUAGAACCUUUUACGACCUUCUUUCUCAGCACCAAUGGCAACAAGUUCCAUCACCCUAACCGUACUUUCUCUGGGAUCUUGCGGUCGUGGAGACACUGCCAGAGGGACACCUCGGAUGUCAAGGAGCUGAUCCCUGAGUUUUACUACCUGCCGGAGAUGUUUGUGAACAAUAAUGGCUACGGUUUAGGGGACAGAGAUGACGGCACCCCAGUGUGUGAUGUAGAGCUUCCUGCUUGGGCCAAGACGCCUGAGGACUUUGUGAGGAUCAACAGAAUGGCUCUGGAAAGCGAGUUUGUUUCGUGUCAGCUGCACCAGUGGAUUGACCUUAUUUUCGGCUACAAGCAGCGCGGCCCCGAAGCUGUGCGCGCCCUCAAUGUCUUUCACCACCUGACCUACGAGGGCUUCGUCAACCUCGACAGCCUCGCCUCCGACCCGCUGCUGCGCGAGGCCAUGGAGGCACAGAUCCAGAGUAUUGGACAGACGCCAUCUCAGUUGCUCAUCGAGCCCCAUCCUCCUCGCAGCUCCGCCAUGCACCUGUGUUUCCUUCCACAGAGUCCGCUCAUGUUUAAGGAGCAGAUGCAGCAAGACGUCAUCAUGGUGCUGAAGUUCCCCUCCAACUCUCCGGUCACCCACGUGGCUGCCAAUACACUGCCACACCUGGCAAUGCCAGCCGUCGUCACGGUGACCUGCAGCCGCCUGUUUGCUGUCAACCGCUGGCACAACACCGUGGGCCUACGGGGUGCUCCAGGAUACUCAUUAGAGCAGGCCCAUCACCUCCCUAUUGAAAUGGACUCUGUUAUUGCCAACAACACUGGAACGAACAAGAGGCAGAUCACGGAUUUGGUGGACCAGAGCAUCCAGAUCAACUCGCAGUGUUUUGUGGUAACGGCAGACAAUCGCUACGUUCUGGUGUGCGGCUUCUGGGACAAGAGUUUCCGUGUUUACUCUUCUGAAACUGGUAAGCUGACACAGAUAGUGUUUGGCCACUGGGACGUCGUGACGUGUUUGGCACGUUCGGAGUCGUACAUCGGAGGGGAUUGCUACGUCGUGUCGGGAUCCAGAGACGCCACUCUGCUGCUGUGGUACUGGAGCGGCCGACAUCAUAUUAUAGGAGACAAUCCAAAUAACAGUGAUUACCCAGCACCCCGAGCGGUCCUGACCGGUCAUGACUACGAGGUGGUGUGUGUGUCGGUGUGCGCUGAGCUCGGCCUGGUCAUCAGUGGAGCCAAAGAGGGUCCAUGUCUGGUGCACACCAUCACUGGGGAUCUCCUCCGGGCUCUGGAGGGUCCCGAUAACUGUUCUUUCCCUCGGCUCAUAUCCGUGUCGAGCGAAGGCCACUGUAUCAUCUGCUACGAGAGAGGCCAGUUCUGUAACUUCAGCAUCAACGGAAAGCUGCUCGCCCAGAUGGAGAUUAACGACACCACACGUGCGAUGUUGUUGAGCAGUGAUGGACAGACAUUGGUGACUGGAGGAGAUAACGGAGUGGUGGAGGUGUGGCAGGCCUGUGACUUCAAGCAGCUUUAUAUCUACCCAGGCUGUGACGCUGGUAUCCGUGCCAUGGACCUGUCACAUGAUCAAAGGACGUUGAUCACGGGCAUGGCGUCUGGCAGCAUUGUAGCAUUCAAUAUCGAUUUCAACCGCUGGCAUUAUGAGCAUCAGAAUCGCUACUGAGCAUGCUCAUAGGACAUCUCUCUCUCUCUCUCUUUAUUUCUCUCUCUCUCUUUCUCUGACUCUCAUGCUUCCACUAAAGUGACCAGCAGCACUAUGAGAGUCAGCAGCACUUUCCAACUUGUCUGAGGAAACUGGUGAGCGAAGGACUUUACAUUUCUCGCGUAGUGUGUGCACUGGUAUUAACAGCACAUCGUACCGCUUCUUUAAAGUACUGUACAAAGACACUGUAUUCUAAUGUCAUUCUAAUGAUAUAGAAGCUCGAAAAAGUAUAUUAAAAAAAAAACCCAAAAAACACCAGAAUUCUUGAGCUUAACAACGAUCUGAUGCGUAUCAGCCAAUUUUCCCCACAGUCUAAACUGUGAAAAAUCCCUCAGCGCAGCAGACAUGAGCAUUUCUACAGUGUAUAUUUGUAUAUGUUAGCAACAUAUUUCACCUACAAGAGGCUUAUUUUCAGGGUAAAUAGUGGUUCAUGAUGUAAAUAUGGAUAUUGUCAAAAUGUAUUCCUUAAAUCUUGAGUCAAGUCUCUAAAAUGUGUUUAAACUCCUCUGUCUGUCUGUCUGGGUCUUUCUUAAAAUCGCUAGCUCAAUUAGUGUUUUAAUGAUUUCAACAUCUGUUGGUUUGUUUGUUUUUGUGUUGUGAAGAAAUAAGCCCUGUGAAAUGUACUGUUUUUUUUCUCUCAAAUUCAUCGUUUAUUUUUUUUUUAAUUUAAUUUAUUUUUUCCAGGUUUAAAAUGAUUAAUGUUGAAUGUUUGCGUCACACCAAGGAUUUGCUUCGGUAAAUAUAAUGUAUAUUUAAAGAUUAUAUUUGAAAGCUUACCAUGUAUAUUUAUUUAUUUUAAUUAAUUUUAUUUAUUUAUUUUGUUUUAUUAUUUAUAAUCUCAUUUCAGAAUCUCCACCACUAGCAAUCAUUCGAUCAUGUAACACUGUAAUGCAUUUAUAUAAAAUAAAAUAAAAUAAACUGUGUUCCAUAUAAAUUGUAAAACUUUUUCUCCUUCCUGCUGGGAACUCUUUGGUCCGUCGGAUUAAACCGUGGUGAGCGAACGUGAACGGACACUGUACUGUAGGUUGAGGAGAAAGGGUUGAAAAAUUUCAUGAGCAUCAUCGUGUUUUUUGUAUUUCAAUAUGAAAUAUGUCGGAAAUAAUUGUCCUUUUUCGUCUUGUUUUGUAGUUUGUUCAUUUAUUUCAAUCUGUCAACAAAUUUUCAGCAUUUUGUGUAAAAAAAACACAAAGACCUGUUCUAUUAUUCUCUUAUCAAUAUCGAUCAUUGUAAGAUUCAAA